AUGGCUUUUGCUGCAACCCUAGCACGUCGCGCAGCUUUUGCUCCGACCCUCACACGCCGUGCAGCUUCGGCUGUUGAGGCUGGUUCAGGGAACAAUUCUUUGAAGAAGGCACCAAGACGAGAUCCCGAGCUUUAUAUCCUCGCAGCGGUCAUGUGUGGUGCCUUCUCUAUCGCAGGAUUCUACUUUGGCCGCAAACCCACCUCCGCAGUCUCGGAAGCCGAGGUUUCUGUCGCUAACAGCUCGAUGCCCUGGCAAGUCGACCACGAUCACGAAGACGAGUCCAAGCAUUUCAAAUACCAAUAUCACCCCAAGGGAGAUACCAGCCAGGCACCUAAGAAUGCCCCGAGUGCUUUGAACGUCGUCGUUGUGCCGAACGUUACUCUGCCCAAGGACAUCCAUGACAAAUUAAAUAAAUGGGGAAAGGAAGGUUACUGA